AUGUCGUCCGAUCGACUUCAGCUCUCGCUUCAGAAACGCUUAAACGCGUGCUUAAAAAAACCGGAAAACAUCGUCUGCGCGGAGUGUCCGUCGCGUUUACCGCGAUGGGCGAGCAUGAACUUGGGGAUUUUCAUAUGCACGAACUGUUCGGGAAUCCACAGAAGUUUAGGCGUGCACAUUUCGAGGGUACGAUCGACGCAGUUGGAUAAGUGGACGGAAACGCAGGUGGAGUACAUGGAACGCAUGGGAAACGUAAGAGCGAAUGUGUUUUGGGAGAAGAAUUUACCUCCGAAUGUGAAACCGACGAAAUCGGAUUUGCCAACCGUGGAGAGGUAUAUUAGACAAAAGUACGAGAGGAAAAUGUAUUGCGAUAAAGAGACGGAUGGGCCGGUGCCGUUGCCAGCAGGAGGUGGUGGCGGCGAUGGAGUAGCAGCUGCUUCCCCGCAACAAGCGCAGCAGCAGCAGCAACAUGAACAACAACAACAACAACAACCGCGACUGUCGGCGGCGGCGGGACUCUUAGACUUGUUCGGCGAUAUGCCGGCAGCACCGGCGCAACCACCAGCAGCAGUAGCAAAUACUAGUAAUCAAAAUCUAGGAGCAAAUUGGAUGGAUUUUGGGAGCGCACCGACGAGUACGACAGCGGUGCCAGCAACAGCAACGAACGACGACGAUUGGGGGGAUUUCUCCGCCGCUCCGGCGCCGACUUCCACAACGCCGACGCCGACGACUGCGGCGCCUGCGAAUGGUGGGGUGGACAUGUUCGCUGGUUUCGACGUAGCUCAGCCGCAGCCAUCAUCAUCAACAACAGCAGCGAAAGUAGAUACCACUGCCAUACCGCCGAAAAAUGUAGCGUCAAAAGAAGACAUCAUGGGUUUAUUCGACGCGGCGCCGCCGUUGAUGCAGCAGCCGCGACAGCCGCAACACAACAUGAUGAUGAACGGGGUCAUGCCGCAUCAGCAGCAGCAUCAGCAGCAACAACAACAACAAAUUCCACCAAUGGGUAAUGGUAUGAUGAUGAACGGCGGAGUGCCGCAAAUGAUGAUGCAACAACAACAAAACGUAAUGGGCGGAGGCGUGCCGCAAAUGCAACAACAGAUGGGAGGAUUCAUGGGAGCAGGCGCGCCGCAACAGCAAUACCACCAACAACCGCAUAUGAUGCAAGGAGGAGGAUACAUGCAACAACAGCUACAACCACAACAGCAACCGCUUCCUCAAAUGCAAAUGCAAAACAUGUACGGUGGUAUGCCUCCUCCUCAAGUGCCUCCUCAAAUGAUGUAUAAUCAGCAACCUCAAAUUCCUGCGAUGCCGCAAACGCAACAACUGAAUCCGAACGCGCCGCCUCCAAUUUCCUUCGAUACUUUCGGCAUGCCUUCGUCGACGACGACGGCACAAUCUGUGCCAUCGCCGAAAAAAGAAGAUCUGUUCCCCGAUUUGAAAUGGUAA